UUCCCAACUGGCAGUUCCUCCUCUGUGGAAUGAAGGAUAAAAGUCAGGAAACAACUGAAGAUCCUUAGGGAAAUGAGAUCGCCUAGAAGCGGGAUGGAAAUGGAGGGGAAGGUGGACUCAGACUAUCCAGGACAAAGCUCUUCUUCCUGGAUUUUUGAAGAAAAGGGAGCUAGGUGAACUAGUUGCCAGGGCGACCAGCCACUGGUGCAAGGAAAUGGGAGAGCUGUGGUUGCUCCUGCUCCUGCCCCUGUCCCUGGCAGCUUUCUACGAGGUCAAAGCCUGCUUGGAAUGUGACCCCAAAUUCACAGACGAUAUUAGGUCCAUGCUGGCAAAGUUGGUACCCUCAGAAGUCCCCAGCCGAACUCAUCUGCUUGAACGGCAGAUUAAGGAGAUGAUCUAUUUAAGCUUCAAGGUCUCCCACGGGGACAAGAUGCUUCGGGUGUUGGCUGUUAAUAAGGCUGUCAAGUUGAGAAUAUGGCUGAAGAAUGAACUUUAUAAACUGGGCAAUGAAACAUGGAAAGGUGCCUUUAUCCUUCAAGGCAAGCUUCUCGAUGUCCGCCAAAACCUGGAAUCCAAACUGAAAGAAACAUUAAAGAACUUCUCUGAAGUUGCUUGUUCUGAAGAUUGUGUUGUAACUGAAGGUCCUAUCCUGGACUGUUGGACCUGUCUUCGCAUCACCACCCGAUGCUUCAGAGGAGAAUACUGUGGAGAGGAGGAUUCAAGAACGGCUGAGAAUCGAGAGAUUGGACUAUUUCUGAUAAUGCUAACAGAAGUUGUGGUACUGGGAAGUGCUUUGUUACUAUUCCACAUCUGUGUGUCUCAUCGGAGGAAAAUGAAGGCAAUACGAAGGUCAUUAAAGAAAUAUUUGGAGAGGAAACUUGAAGAAUUAAUGGGGAUGACAGAUGAUAAAGACAAGGAUGAUUGUGGAAUCAGAAAAUAAAUACAUCAACACAGA